GUAUAUAAAAACACCCUCUUGAACAAUAGUUGGCUAUUUAUAAGCACCCCCGGAGAAACAUAGAGCCAACAAGAGAAGUGAAGAACAUACCAAAUUAUUUGAUAAUUCAACAACACCAUUUUCAACACACUUAAUUUCUUCACAAUUUCCCAGCAAAAUGCAGGAAUCACAGAUGUCUCUUCAAGAUCUACAAAACAAUACCGACAGCUUUGAUCCGACGGUUACCAACGACGAUUUUCUAGAUCAAAUGCUCUCUGGCCUCCAAACCACCGUCUCCUGGUCGGACGUCUCCGGCGGCGACGGUGACGGUGGUCAAAACAAAUCAACACUGCCGUGGGACGUCGACCAUUUUGACGAUCAGUCAGCAAUAUUAUCAUCCAAACUCCGUCAACACCAGAUCACCGGUUCAGCCGGUGGUCGGGCUCCGGCUUCUGCGCUGAAGUCGUUGCAACUGCCUAGAGGGUUGGGAUCUACCGGAGAAUCCGGUCUGUUUCCGAAUGAUAAUAUUGAUGAUUCGAAUUUUAAGUCUCCGAUGGGUGAUAAUAGUUCGAUUCAAAAUCUGUUUCAUGGGUUCACUGGAUCUCUUACUUCGAAUCAAACCCCACAAUUCCGUCAUUUGCCGGCUCAAACAUUUGGAUCUCCAGGAGCGGCGGCAGCAGCGGUGAUGAACCAAGUCCAGGCCGCCAGUGUGUCGGCCGGAGGUGGUGGUGGUGGAGCACCGUCGCAGCCACGGCAAAGAGUGAGAGCUAGAAGAGGACAAGCAACUGAUCCACACAGCAUUGCUGAAAGAUUACGUAGGGAGAGAAUUGCGGAGAGGAUGAAAGCUCUACAAGAAUUAGUCCCCAAUGCCAACAAAACAGACAAGGCUUCAAUGCUUGAUGAGAUCAUAGAUUAUGUCAAAUUCCUCCAGCUCCAAGUCAAGGUAUUGAGCAUGAGUAGACUGGGAGGUGCCGCUGCAGGUGCGAUUGCUCCGGGUGGUGCUGAGGGAGGUGGUAGGACAGGGCGAAGCAGUAACGGGACAGUAUCGUCUUCGAACAACAACGACACCAUGAUGGUGACAGAGAACCAGGUGGUGAAGCUGAUGGAGGAGGAUAUGGGUUCCGCCAUGCAGUACUUACAAGGGAAAGGUCUUUGCCUUAUGCCAAUUUCACUUGCCACUGCUAUCUCUACCGCUACAUGCCACCCCUCUAGCUCCCGGAACAACCAUCCGUUAGGCAGUGCUGGUGGCGGAGAGGGUGGUGGACCGUCAUCUCCGAAUAUGUCGGUGUUAACGGUUCAGUCAGCUAAUGGAGUCUCUGUGAAAGACUCACCUUGAGCAGUCAACUUGGAGUGGAAGACCUUUUUUCUGUGAAAGAAAAGAUGGGAACUUUGUCAAACUUUUUAUUCGGCGAAUAUGUCAAGUCUAACAAACAUGAGGGGGUGUUUUAAAACUAUUUUAACAAUUGUGAAUUGUCUAAAUGCUUUAUGUUGUCGUUUGGGAAUAUUUUACAUUGUGUUAUAAAACUUAUUAUGUCACUUAAUUAUAUAUCCUCUUUCCUUUAACAAAUAAUAUUAAAAAAUUCUUUC